AUUCUAUGAUAAAUUCCAUUUCUAUGUGCUUUACCGCUCCUUCCGCAGUCCUCUUUGCUCCCCCUAGAAUACCAUGUCCAUCAAUAGAUACGAGACAAUCAAUCACUGCUUUGUUUUCUUCCUUACAAAACGUCAGCUUCUUUUUACCCCUUCAGUUUUCCCCUAUUUCACCCCAAUCAUCCUCGUAAUCAUCUGCCAACGAAUCCCAAAUGAUCCAUAAAAUGUUUGCUUUGCUUAAUUAGAGAGAAGUUUACUUUGAGACAUGGGAGGGCAGGCUGAAAUUUGAACUAGCAUGUUUAAGAAGAAUGGUUCGAGGAAAAUCGUAUUCGGGAAGUUCGAGAUGGGGAGGGUUUUAGGUCAAGGCACCUUUGCCAAGGUUUAUUACGGUAAAAACUUGUCAACCCAAGAAAGUGUAGCCAUCAAAGUUAUCAACAAAGAGCAACAAGUGAAGAAAGAAGGUUUGAUGGAGCAAAUAAAGCGGGAAAUCGCAAUCAUGAGGCUGGUUCGUCAUCCCAACGUUGUUGAGCUAAAAGAAGUAAUGGCAACCAAAGCCAAAAUCUUCUUCGUAAUGGAGUAUGUCAAAGGUGGGGAAUUGUUCGCUAAGGUAGCCAAAGGGAAGUUAAAGGAGGAUUCAGCGAGGAAAUACUUUCAGCAACUGGUCAGCUCGGUCGAGUUUUGUCACAGUCGAGGGGUGUACCAUCGUGAUCUGAAGCCCGAGAAUUUGCUCUUGGACGAGAAUGAGAACUUGAAAGUCGCCGAUUUUGGACUCUCUGCUUUGCCCGAACAGCUACGAAACGAUGGUUUGCUUCACACGCAAUGUGGGACUCCAUCUUAUGUUGCCCCCGAGGUUUUGAGGAAGAAUGUGUACGAUGGUGCCAAAGCUGACGUUUGGUCAUGUGGGGUUAUUUUGUUUGUUUUGCUGGCUGGGUAUUUGCCUUUCCAAGCUGAGAAUCUUAUGAAGAUGUAUAGGAAAGUUUUCAAGGCCGACUAUGAGUUUCCUCCCUGGGUUUCCAACGACGCGCGGAGAUUGAUUUCCAAGCUGCUCGUUGCUGACCCUGAAAAGAGGAUUACGAUUCCAGGGAUCAUUGCCAAUUCCUGGUUCCGAAAGGGGUUUUCGAAACCUGUUGCUGUUCUAGUUCAAGAGUCCUCAUCGGUUGAAAAUGGAGACGAGGAUGAGAUCGAGACCGAUGGGAAUUUUGAAAAGGAAACUAUGACGAUAUCAUCAUCGCCGCCACCUUUCUACAACGCGUUUAAAUUGAUUUCAUCGAUGUCAUCAGGGUUCGGUUUGUCUAAUUUGUUCGAAGACGAGAAAAAGACACCUAUAUUCACUUCAAAGUGUUCCGCUUCAGCGACACUGGCGAGACUUGAAUCCAUGGCGAAGAAGUUGAACUUUAAGGUAUUAGCUACGAAAGGAUUCAAGGUAAAAAUGCUGGGGAAAGUAGGACGGAAAGGGAGAUUAGCGGUGACGGCGGAGGUUUUCGAGCUGGCAUCGGAGGUAACGGUGGUGGAGUUGUCGAAGUUCGCUGGUGACACUCUUGAGUACAACAAGUUUUACGUGGAAGAAUUGAGGCCGGCCCUUAAGGACAUAGUUUGGACUUGGCAAGGUGAAAAUAAGUAGGAAGAGGCACAAACUAGAUAGGUAUCUUUAGUUUGUCGUUUUAGUACGGCAAAUAGUUUUUGUCUGUUAGUUAUAUAUGCCUUAAGUUUAGUUUGAUCCGACUAGUACAAGGAAAUGUUGCCAUAUUAUGAGGCAGAGGCUAAUGAAAUAUGUACAUGACCAUAUAUGUAUUAUGUAAAUGAUAUGUUACAAAAACUGUUAUGAGAACAA